GGGACGAUUGCUGCUUGUGGAAAUGCGCGGCGUCCAUGUCUCGCUCAGCGGCAGUUGCAAGCUGAAAUGGGCAACUCCAAGCAUCAGAAAACAGGAACAGCCCAGCCCAAAGUGGACAGGAGCAAGCAUGAUUCAGUUCCCACUUGGGACGCCCAGGGAGAUCCCAGUCUGGGAUCUGGGGAUGUCGAUCAGAGCCGCACGCACUCUUCGGUCAGGCUUGGAGCGCAACGGCCCGAACAAAAGGCAGAGGGGUGCUGAAAACCAAAUGAUCGAUAGGUAUCUCUCUGUUGAGAUGCGAUACCUGGGUCUACGGCCCAGCACCCUGGAAAGCGAUGGUCCCAAAUCCCAGACAGCCCCCACACCCCCCCCUCACCCCCUCCCUGUCCCCCUCAAGCUGCCCACCAGAGAAUAGUGUACCUAGCUGUGGGGAUAGAUACUUGCUCCGAUGGGUUCGCGGGAGUGGAGUGUUGAGAACGGGUCCAAAGGGAGAUCGGUGGCUGGAUACCAUGGCUAGUCUUUCGAUACAAUGAUACACCGCUCUCUGCUCUACCCUUUGGUCGGCCGCCAUCGCCGAUAUGUAUGUACCGUAUGUAGGUAUGAUUACGGCAGGGCAGGCAGGUGCAACCCAUCUUGGAGUCGGGAACCUGCAUCUGUCCAGAGUGGGAAGGAGAAGAUCUCUCGUGCCAGUCUGUGACAUCCAUACCCGUCGACCUUGUAUAACUGGGCCUAGAGAACCCUGCAUCUGUCAAGGCAGUUCCCCUCCCACUUCUUGCACAGUUCAGAUUGCAUUUGCUCACUGAACACCGGCCGUCUUGCUUCUACAACCCAUCUAUUCUCUCCAUCUUUGCCCGUGCAUAGACACUGCCAACCUACCACCCACUAGGUGCUCACCAUGACUGCUGCCCGUCGCACAAGAAGUGCAGUUGGCACGACCGACCGGGCACCACGGCAGCUCCCCGGAUCCGCCUGCGAGGCAUGCCAGAAGCGCAAAGUACGAUGUGAUAGGAAAAGUCCUUGUGGGACUUGCAAAGAUGGCGGUCUCGUGUGUGAAAUCAACAACCAACGACGACCACGGGGCCCCAAGAAGGGCGAACUCAACAACCUUCGAAGUCAAGUUGGUGUGUGUUUAAAUCGUGUUGUGGCUCUGGAACGACGUCUCAGUCUUGAUCCCACCGAAGAAGCGUUGACCCUCGCUACUCAGUUUUCAGAAGCCCCGCCCGUGCCCGAAAUGCCAUCUGCAAGCUCGGCCUCGGAUCAGGACUUUUCGCAGUUUCCGUCACCAUCAUGUCAAAGAAGGCCUUCCUGGGAGAGCGAUAUCCAUAUCGCCAUGUCUCCCAUGACACCUAGCUCCCUUCCGAUGGGCUUCUCGACUUUCCAGUUCCCUCCCUCUCCCCAAUCCCCACCGAGAUGCGCAUUUGUCGAUGAUCUGAUGCGAGCGGAUCUUGACCAGCUGUAUUUCGACCGGGUCCACCCGAAUGUGCCCAUCUUCAGCCAGUCGCGGUAUUUUGCCAGAUCUCGGCAGAUUGCCAUGAUGGAUGGGGCGAAUUACUUGCUGUGUCUGCAGUAUGCCAUGUGGACAUUGGCAAUGUCGUUUUCGUCGCAGUUUGAAAGUUCGCGGGAUCUCUUCUACAAGGAAACCCGCCAUAUGCUCGAAAACCUGGAUCUCCACGAGGACGACAUGAACACGGUGCGGGUGGAACAAGUGCAAGCGUGGCUUCUGCUUGCCUUCUACGAGUUCGCACGGUGCAACUACCGGCGUGCCUGGAUCACGGCCGGCAGGGCCUUUAGGCUUGUCCAACUUGCACGGCUCCACGAGGUUGAUAUUUCGGAGAAUGCGGCUGAAUGCGACGACGCUGUUUCAAGGGAGGAAAAGCGUAGAACAUUCUGGGUUGCAUAUUAUCUGGAUCGGCUUCUGUGUAUAAGAAACCGUAGGCCGUUGACGCUGAUCGAAGAAAUGAUCUGUACCAGACUCCCGUCUUCAGACCUCGCCUUUCAGGGUGGCAGUCCCGUUCAAGAGCGGUUUCUGGAAGAGGUCUUUGCAUCCGGGGACCACAGCCUCUUGUCGCCUCUGGCCGAGUCUGCCAUUUUGCUCACGAUAUUUGGUCGUGCAGUAUCGCAAUGCCAGGCCCAACGAACGCAACCGACAUAUGCAAGCGCAUCACUGGAGUUAUGGAUGCGUCACGAAUGGGUCAAAAACACGCUGAGCUCGUCUUUGCAUUCGUUGAUGGUCAACCACCCAGUCAUCUCAGCAACAGAACCGAUGCUGUUCUUUUCCACCAUGAUGGCGCACGCCGUCAAAAUCUACAUGUGCCAGAUUGUCGAGUCCACAUCCCACGAGGAAUCAUGUCGACCCAAUGUGGUAGAGUGCCAGAACCAAGCCAUGCACGCGGCAAGGGAGAUCGCGAGACUGGUCAAAGCCCAUGAGCACAUCCCCUAUUUCAAGGCCCACAUUUUCCUCCCGCUCGCCAUCUUUUUGGCCGGGUCAAGGCUCAUGGCACAUCCAAACCGUGUGGUGGAGAACAUGCAAGCACUUACGCCGCCAGGGUCUUCAUGUUAUCAAGGGAUGGAAGUCAAGGACGACAUCAAUGCCGAGUUUCAGUGUUGCAUGAACGCGCUGAGGAGCAUGCAGAGCUUCAACAAUCUUGCACGCGAAUACUUGCUUGUGUUGGAGCCACAGGAGACGUUUUCACUCACUGCUUUUCAGGGGGCUUUUCUCUGUGAAUAGGUAUAUAAUAUUAGGCUUUGCAAUAUGUGCGAAGGGACACCCAACAAUAAGAUAUCCGUCCGUCAUCAUGCUGAGAGUCUGCUCCAAUGUCCUGUAUGGUUGUUUGGCAAUCCACCGCACAGCCAGGGGCUCGGGGAUUCAGGACUGGUAUGGUUGCGUGUUGAUUCGUGAGCAUUCAAGACAGAUUUAGAUAGGGACAUAGAAAGCCCC